GCGCCUCCUCCUCGGCCUCCUCGUGCGCGUGACGCUCCAUUACUGCCACGUAAUCUCGGUCGAGCCCCCGCUCACUCACUGAAAACCUCCGGGAACCGUGACAACGACUGCGGAAAACAUUCAAACCGUACAGUACGGAACCCCUCCGGGCGGUGCGCGCGGGUGUAGCGGAACACAGACACUGCAGCGGUAAGCGAAAAGAGGGCUUCUUCUGGGUUUUUCUUUGGGAUUGCCGGUGACCCGUUGUGUGGACGCACACUAAGCCAUGCGGCAGCUGAAGGGCAAACCGAAAAAAGAGUCAUGGAAAGACAAAAAGGAGCGUAAACAGGCCAUGCAUGAGGCGCGAGAGCAGGUGACGACUGUCGUUUUACCGACGCUCGUCGUCCUUGUGCUGCUCAUCGUUCUCUUCGUUUAUGUGGCCACCAGACCCGGAGCCAUCGAGUAAAAAGACUCAAAAACAGCCAAAUGUCCCCUGUCCGUGUCUCUAUCCUUCCCCCUCAUUCUUUCCCAGUGUUACGUUCGGUGUGGAUUGAACACAAUCAUAAGGAUGAAUGGAUUGACUAUCUGUGCCACGAUUGGAGUUUGUCGAAGGAGUCUUCCAUUUUGGUUUCCAAUAGAGCUGCUCUUUCAGCCACCAGCAUUGGUGUCUGUGGCAGCCAUGUUGGCUCCAAAUGCAUUUACAGGGUUCCAGUUAUAUGCCAAAGCACCUGAGACGCAGUCGGACUGAUCCAGGAACAGAUCUGAAGCUUCUGCGCUCAAAGUCUGUACAAGUGAGAAGUGACUAGUAGUAUUGCACAUGUCUGUAGCAUGCACGCUUAUGCACACACAAACAUUGACGGGCGACACAUGAAACUGAUUCUGACAGAAAUGAAUGUUAUCCAGAAUGUACACUUCUGAAUGCUCAUUACCGAAUGCCUCUUAACAAGCGGUCGCUGAUGUUUUUUGGUUUAACCGUGCGAGCGAAUGCACCAUGGAGUGCAUGUUUCUAUGACACAUCUGUGAUAUACAAUCCCAACGGCAAACAUGCUCUUGUUUUAAAAUGUGUUCCAGCAGGACUUGGAUCUAAAAAUGUGCCUUAAAACCUUUAUUGAUUUAACAUGCAGUUAAAGUAUUAAUAAAGAAAUAGAAAGCCAU